CCUCUCCUCUCUAGUAGACAGACUCCGAGAUGAGGGAAAAAACGCCAUCUCUCGGAGCGGAGCUGCUCUGCUCUGCUCGUAUCCUCUCUGAUCCAUCUCCAUCCUCCAGAAGAGUUUCUUGAAAUGGAGCCCCAUGGCGGCGGCGGGACAAGGACUCCACCAAAAAACCCCAUCCAACAAGAUUCAAAGUCCAUUGGGGUAAAGGUGGAGUCUCCGACCACUAAUGCUGCAAGCGGUCGACUUGUUUAUGUGCGCAGGAGAGUGGAGGUUGACACAUCCAAAGCAGCUGCGAGCACUAACCCGAACCCGCCUAAGGUUCCCCCACAGCCACAGGCACAGGAAACAACUACUACCAGCCAUAAGUUAGACUGGGAAGAGCGUUACCUUCAUCUUCAAAUGCUUCUUAAUAAGCUUAAUCAAUCUGAUCGGACCGAUCAUGUUCAGAUGCUUUGGUCACUUUCCUCCGCCGAGCUUAGCAAGCAUGCUGUUGACUUGGAAAAGAGGUCUAUUCAAUUCUCUCUCGAGGAAGCGAGAGAGAUGCAGCGUGUAUCAGCUUUGAACGUGUUAGGAAGGUCUGUCAAUAGUCUAAAAUCUACAUCAAAUGACGGAGAAUAGUGAAGGGAAAGAGAAUAAUGGGCAGCAACACAUGUGGUGGAUGCGGACAAAGGGCGGUUCAUAAUAAUGAGCAUUAUUCAAGGCAUGUUUGUUACAGCAGUGGUUGUAGUUGUGAUGCCUUGAAGAGAAAACAGGUAUCCAUCUUUUGUUCAACCCUAAGAAGAAAUCAUAAUCUGGAAAUGUACAAGCAUAUACUACAAUAAAUAAAUAUUGGAGAGAUGCUCCCACGAGAUAGGAGAUUUCAAUAGAUUAGAUUCCUUUCUUGUUAAACUCCUGAGAAACAACUGUCUGCAACGUCACUUGCGCUUAAGAUCCCAUUGCAGCAAUGUGUAUCUACUAUUUUACACCUGUGUUGUGUACUAAUAAUACUACCAUGUCCAUUGCAUUUUA